AUGUAUCGCACGGCAGCUUCUCGAGCCAGAGCUCUUAAGGGAUCUCUUAGCCGCGGUUUGAGACCGGUGCGUUAUGCGAGUUCUAGUGCUGUUGCGACGAGUUCUUCUCCAUCAGGUGGCUUCAUGAGCUGGUUGGUUGGUUCCUCUGGUUCAAUUACUUCACUGGAUAUGCCACUAGAAGGAGUGUCUCUUCCUCCGCCACUACCUGACCACGUCGAGCCGAGCAAACUCAAGAUCACUACUCUUCCAAAUGGUCUCAAAAUUGCCUCAGAGAUGUCUCCGAAUCCGGCAGCUUCCAUUGGUUUAUAUGUUGAUUCUGGUUCUAUCUAUGAGGCGCCUUAUUUCCAUGGAGCAACGCAUUUGCUUGAAAGGAUGGCUUUCAAGAGCACGUUGAACAGAAGCCAUCUACGUCUUGUGAGGGAAAUAGAAGCUAUUGGAGGCAACACAUCGGCCUCUGCGUCCAGAGAGCAGAUGAGCUACACUAUUGAUGCUCUUAAAACCUAUGUACCUGAAAUGGUUGAAGUUCUUAUUGACAGUGUGAGGAACCCUGCUUUCUUGGAUUGGGAAGUGAAUGAAGAGCUACGUAAGAUGAAGCAUGAGAUAGCGGAUCUUGCAAAUAACCCUAUGGGUUUCCUCAUGGAGGCUGUUCACACUGCUGGUUUUUCCGGUGCAUUGGCAAAUCCUCUGUAUGCACCUGAGUCUGCUUUGGACAGAUUGAAUGGGGAGCUCUUGGAAGAGUUUAUGAGUGAGAAUUUCACUGUUUCGCGUAUGGUACUGGCAGCAAGUGGUGUUGAACACGAGGAGCUCUUGAAAGUUGUUGAGCCAUUAGCUUCUGACCUUCCCAAUGUACCGCGCCAAGCGGAGCCAAAAUCUCAGUAUGUUGGUGGAGAUUUCCGUCAACAUACUGGUGGAGGGGCUACACAUUUUGCUCUUGCCUUUGAGGUGCCUGGCUGGAAAAACGAGAAAGAAGCUGUCGUUGCUACUGUUCUCCAGAUGCUUAUGGGAGGAGGUGGCUCAUUCUCUGCGGGAGGCCCCGGAAAAGGAAUGCACUCAUGGCUCUAUAUCCGUAUCCUAAAUAAACAUCAGCAGGUUCAGUCAUGCACUGCAUUCUCUAGCAUCUUUAACAACACCGGAUUGUUUGGAAUCUACGGUUGCUCGAGUCCUGAAUUCGCUGCAACAGCAAUUGAAUUAGCAGUUAACGAAUUGAAAGAUGUUGCAGGAGGAAAAGUAAACCAGAAGCAUCUUGAUCGCGCUAAGGCAGCCACAAAAUCUGCAGUUCUGAUGAAUUUGGAAUCUCGGAUGAUUGCAUCGGAAGACAUUGGCAGACAGAUACUUACAUACGGAGAGAGGAAACCAGUUGAGCAAUUCCUGAAGACAGUAGACCAACUAACCUUGAAGGACAUUUCAGAUUUCACCAGCAAGAUUAUUUCAAAGCCUUUGACAAUGGGUUCCUUCGGAGAUGUGUUGGCUGUUCCGAGCUACGACACAGUGAGCAGCAAAUUUUGUUGA